AUGGCGUUUCUCUAUACUAGUGUCCCUUUUGCAUCCGAAGUUUUCUCUAUAUGCUCAUCUUUAUCUGCAAUCAAGCUGGUUUUCCGUACAACCCUCAACGAGAUUGUGCCUCAGAAAUACCAAGUAUACAUCGCUUCGAAACUUGAGGAGUUCUUCUCUACUUACAUUAACUCGUCGAGUUUCACGUUUGAGAUAGAGGACAAGUGGGAGUAUGUCGAGAACCAGACUUUCCGUGCAGCCGAAGUUUACUUACCAACGCGUCUCGCCGGACUCUCCACCCAAAAACUCCUCGUGGGUUCGAGCGAUCUUAAGAAUCCAUCAGCUAAGCUAAAACUUGGAAUCCCAGUCAACACAAAGAUCAUCGAUGAGUUUGAAGGGAUUCAUCUCGUGUGGACUCUACAAGUUGCUGAAACUAAGAAAACUCCUUUCGAGAGACGGUAUUUUACCUUGACAUGCAAGAAGGAGUUUCGUGAGGAGGUAAUGACAGAUUACUUGACACACUUGUUGAAAUCAGCGGAGAAGAUAAUGAGCCAUCGCGAGAAACUCUAUAUCUUUACUUAUACCCAACCACAUUCAACCUGGAGACAGGCCAUCUUCCAGCAUCACACCACCUUCGAAACCCUAGCCAUCGAGCCAAAACUCAAAACUACCAUGAUCGAUGAUCUUGACGCUUUCUCUAAAGGAAAAGACUUCUUCAAGAGCGUGGGACGAGCUUGGAAACGUGGUUAUCUUCUUUACGGUCCACCGGGUACGGGAAAAUCCUCUAUGGUGGCUGCAAUUGCUAACUACAUGAAUUACCAUAUCUAUGAUCUCCAGCUUCAAAGCAUUAGUGACGAUGCUGAGCUGCGGAAGAUUCUCACCACAACCCAAAACCGGUCAAUUAUUCUCAUUGAAGACAUUGAUUGUGGAACUGAUGCUUCUAGUAAACGCAAGACCAGCAAAACUGCGGAAGUUUUUGACCCUAGAAAGGGCAAGAAGGCUGACGUUGGGAUAUCGUUGUCGGGUCUAUUGAACUUUGUGGACGGGCUUUGGUCGAGCUGUGGAGAAGAAAAGAUCAUAAUUUUUACAACAAAUCACAAGGAGAAGCUCGACCCGGCGUUGCUGAGGCCAGGAAGGAUGGAUAUUCACAUUCUCAUGGACUAUUGCACUCCCUUUGUGUUCAAGAAGCUUGUGGCUAUGUACCUCAAGAUUGAUGAAUAUCAUGUCCUAUUUGAUCCCAUUGAGAAACUUGUCCUUGAGGUGAGUGCAACUCCAGCUGAAGUCACGCAGCAGCUUAUGGCGAGUAAAAACGCUGAUAUUGCGCUUCAAGGUCUUCUUGAAUUCCUAGAAACCAAGAAGAUGAGAAAGGAAGAAGACCCAUCUUCUCCACAACCCUCUCCCUCCGUCGCUCCCCUUCGUGGGGAUGCCGAAUCUUCUUCACCGGCCACCACCUCCAAUCCACCACCGCCUGAUUCUAUGAUUUCUUCCAGAGAUCCAGACGCUCUCUUCAGCGGCGGCGGAAUCAGCUUUCUAGCUGGAACUAGUCCUGUGAAGUUUAGUUAUGGCUACUCAAGUCUUAAAGGUAAAAGAGCAACAAUGGAAGAUUACUUCGAAACUCGAAUUUCUGAUGUUGAUGGACAAAUGGUUGCUUUCUUCGGUGUCUUCGAUGGUCACGGUGGUGCAAGAACAGCAGAAUAUCUAAAAAACAAUCUUUUCAAGAAUUUAGUUACUCAUGACGAUUUUAUCUCAGACACUAAGAAAGCUAUUGUGGAAGGGUUUAAGCAGACGGAUGAGGAGUAUCUAAUUGAAGAGAGAGGACAGCCUAAGAAUGCUGGCUCAACCGCAUCCACUGCAUUGCUUAUAGGGGAUAAGUUGAUUGUUGCCAAUGUCGGUGAUUCCAGAGUUGUAGCGUCUAGGAAUGGUUCAGCUGUUCCACUCUCUAAUGAUCAUAAACCUGAUAGAUCAGAUGAGCGUCAAAGGAUUGAAGAUGCUGGUGGUUUCAUAAUUUGGGCUGGAACGUGGCGAGUUGGUGGAAUUCUUGCGGUCUCUCGGGCGUUUGGGGAUAAGCAACUUAAGCCGUAUGUGAUUGCAGAGCCAGAGAUUCAGGAGGAGGAUAUAAGCACGUUGGAGUUUAUUGUUAUUGCUAGCGAUGGACUGUGGAAUGUGUUGUCAAACAAGGAUGCUGUGGCAAUAGCACGAGACAUUGCAGAUGCGGAAACAGCAUCAAGAAAGCUGGUUCAAGAAGCAUACUCGAGAGGUAGCUGCGACAAUAUCACUUGCAUUGUUGUUCGAUUCGAAGUUUCUUCUUGA